AUGUCAGAAAAAAGUAGUUUUGAUGAAUUGCGUGUUAAAUAUAAGGAUGUGCUGUCGAAAGCGUUUUCAACAAAUAACAUCGACCUUCUUGAUUCCUUCUCAAAGAAGGCAAACGAAAGCGAUCGGAAAGUGGCUAUGGACCAAGCGUUCAGAGAUAAACUUUUAGAUCUACUUACCGAAGCCUCGAGUAUACUAGAAAACUACGUGAAUUUCUGUAUUGAAUCAUGUAGAAGACUAAUGAUCACUCCAACGAUGCCUGUUGUGCUUCUCGGAGAUAUAUUUGAUGCCUUAACUCUCAAUAAAUGCGAAAAACUCUUCACAUACGUUGAAAAUGGUGUAAACAUUUGGCGAGAAGACCUAUUUUUCGUUGCAUGCAAAAAUAAUUUACUGAGAAUGUGCAAUGAUCUCUUACGUCGAUUAUCCAGAUCUCAAAACACUGUAUUUUGCGGAAGAAUUUUGUUAUUUUUGGCAAAAUUUUUCCCAUUUUCUGAGAGAUCAGGAUUGAAUAUAGUUUCAGAAUUUAAUUUAGAAAAUGUAACUGAGUUUGGUGGAGAUAUUUCUGGUACACUCAAGGAUGCAUUAGACGAAGAAAUGGUGAUAGAUGAUGAUAAGAACAAAUUAAAUAUUGAUUAUAACCUGUACUGCAGAUUUUGGAGUUUACAAGAGUUCUUCCGAAGCCCAAACACUUGCUAUAACAAAAUCCAGUGGAAGACAUUUGUUGCACAUUCUGGAAGUGUACUGUCAGCAUUUUCUUCAUAUAAAUUAGAAGCAAUAGAACUUCAGAAGUCCAAAUUAAAUAGACUUAAGCCAGUAAAUGAUGUUGAAAUGGAAGAAAGUAAAGAGCAGCAUUACUUUGCAAAAUUUCUAACCAAUCAGAAGCUUCUAGAACUCCAACUAUCAGAUGCAAACUUUAGAAGAUGUGUACUCAUACAAUUUUUGAUUUUAUUCCAAUAUUUAACAACAACAGUGAAGUUUAAACUUGAAUCUCAAGAACUAAAAUCAGAUCAGUCAGAAUGGGUCAAGGAUACAACUAAUCUAGUUUAUAAAUUACUUGGUGAGACACCGCCAGAUGGGAAGAGAUUUGUUGAAUGUGUCAAAAGUAUAUUAAAGCGAGAAGAGCACUGGAACAAUUGGAAAAAUGAUGGUUGUCCAGAGUUCCAAAAACCAAAGCCGGCAGUACAAACUGAAUCAAUCGAUGAAGUAAGACGUGUAAAGAAACGUCGGCGACCUGUUGGGGAUAUUAUCAAAGAAUAUGAAACACAAAGCAAACAUUUUAUGGGAAACAAUGAAUUGACAAAAUUGUGGAAUCAAUGUCCAGACAAUCUUGCCGCGUGUCGUACUAAGGAGAGAGAUUUCAUGCCUUCUUUGGAGUAUAUGUUAUCUGGUGAGAGUAGUAGUGGGAGUGGCGGUGGGUGGGGCUGGCGAGCUUUGAGGCUUUUAGCUCGGAGAUCGCCGCAUUUCUUUGUACAUACAAAUAAUCCUAUUGGACGGCUAUCGGAUUAUUUGGAUGAUAUGGUAAAACGUAUUUCACGUGAAGUUGCAGCCAGUGCGACUGCUAACACGACUAAUGGAGACCCGUCUGCUGUCGAAGAUAAGAAACCGGAAUUGCAAGAAGAAGAAAUGACUGAAGAGCAAAUUGAAACAGACCUUAUAAAGGAUGGAGACACUGAUAUAGAACAGGUGCCAGAUUCAACAGACGCGAACGAUGAAGACAAACCAACUAGAACUCGUCUCACAAUGAUAACCGACUCUCAAUUAGACGUAUUAGUUGCAAAUCUCUCUGACUGGAAGAAAUUGGCAGCAAAACUUGGCUACAAACCCGACGAAAUAGAGUUCUUUGAGACAGAGAACGCGACAGAUGAAGCAAGAGCCAAAAAUAUGCUUAAACUGUGGUUUGAUGAUGACGAAGAUGCAUCUGUCGAGAAUUUACUCUAUAUUAUGGAGGGGUUGGAGUUGGUUGACGCUUGCGAAGCGUUGAGAAACGCUAAAUGA